AUGAAGCACCUCGUUUCUCCAGCGAUCAUACGUCCUUGCUCAUCACGGUUUGCAGCUUCAUUCAGCUGUCAUCCAGUGUUGACUUCUAGAUCAUUGUCAACUACCCUUUCUAGAAAGGAGCAAAAAGCUGCUCAACCACAAACACCAGCCACGGAGAGUAUAGAGCUUGGAGCUCCCGUCACGUAUAUAUCGGAAAGUCAUGAUCCAUGGUUCAACCUUUCAUAUGAGGAUUGGCUAUUGAGAAAUACACCGCAUAACCAACCUGUUUUAUUCUUAUAUCGAAAUUUCCCUUGUGUCGUAAUAGGACGUAAUCAAAAUCCAUGGAAAGAAACUACACCUCAUAAAUUAAGAGAAUCCGGUAUACCUCUAGUAAGACGUAGAUCAGGUGGAGGAACAGUAUUUCAUGACAUGGGAAAUACGAAUUUCUCAAUCAUACUUCCUAGAUUACUUUUCACAAGAUCCCACGGAGCUGAAUUAGUUUCUAGAGCAAUAAGGGAAAGAUUAGGUAUUAAAGAUUGUACAGUAAAUGAAAGGAAUGAUGUUAUAAUCAGAAAGGGUGAAAAUGAAUACAAGAUGACAUAUAAGAUAAUUCAACAUCGUGCUUAUCAUCAUGGGACAAUGUUGAUCUCUUCUUCGCUAAGUGAAUUAGGUAAAUCACUCAAAUCAAGUUCCCCAAAUAUGGAAACCAAAUCUAUCCUUUCUCAUCGAUCACCUGUGACCACACUGAAUCAUCAUCUCCCUCCAUCUUCAUCUCCAUCUUCAUCUUCAUCUUCAUCUUCUAAUAAACAUAUACAUCACGACGAUUUCGUCCAAGCUGUAACUUCUGAAUUCGCUAAAACAUAUUCCAAUACAGUUGAGAAGAAAAUGGAAACUAAAGAAGUUAAUGAAAACUGGAUUAAGGAUCCUAAAGUAUGGAAAGGUGUUGAAGAGUUAAAAUCUUGGGAAUGGCAAUAUGGUCAAACUCCGGAAUUCACUAAUUCACUUGAAGGCGAAUUAUCUUUUGGUAGUUUGUCCGCUUCCUUGAGUGCUCGACAUGCACUCCUGACCUCACUCACAUUACAUUUGACUCCGACAUUACACGAAGCAACGGAAAUAACCACUACAAAACAAUCCUUCCUCGAUUCACUGGCUUUAUCAUUGGUUGGACAUCGAUAUGAAUCACUUGAUGGUGCCCAAGGUGCUUUAGGUCAUGAAUGGGAAGAUGAAAAAUGGAGAGAAAUGGGUAAUGAAGUCAUUAAUUGGUUGAGAAAGGUUAUGUGA